AUGAGAGCCACUAUCGCUGCCGCUCUUGCUUUCGGCCUCUGUGCCGUCGCAGCCCCGACUGCCGUCGAUCGACGCGACUCCAGCUGGCCGUCCAACGACGGAUGGCCUGUGUCAUCAUCGACCUCGAGCUCGAUGUCUGUCCCAACGCCGACAGCUUCUAAGGUCCCGCCACCACCUCCAGCUUUGGCUCUUCCAGCUCCGCCUCCACCACCUCCUGCUCCAGCCCCGCCUGCUCCGCCUGCUGGCGGUGCGAACCCUCCUCCUAAAGACGGUGCGGCUCCUCCCCCUGCUGGUGGUGCGAAACCUCCCCCUGCUGGCGGCGCGGCUCCUCCCCCGGCUGGCGGCGCGAACCCUCCUCCUCCUGGCGGCGCGAACCCUCCUCCUGCUGGUGGUGCUAAAUCUCCCCCUGCUGGUGGCGCGGCUCCUCCCCCUUCCGGUGGUAAAGCUGCUCCCCCCGCUGGUGGAAACGGCGGAGGUGAAGCUGCAGGUAACGGAGGAGGCUGGGGUGGAUCCUCAGGAUUCUCAGGAUGGUAA